GCAAAUUACACUUACCAAUAAUUUGCUCAUAUCUACGGGUUUGCUUUUAAAAACCCCUCACAAAUUCCACCGAACCCUGUCCCUUUGAUUUUCUUUCUUUGUCUUGCGAGAGAGGGCUGCUUCUGCGUCUGCGUCUGCGUCUGCGUCUUCUGUAUCCUUUUUUUCGUUGUUCUUGAUUGCUUUCCCUAAAUCUCACCUUUAAUGGCGAACAGCAAUCUACCCCGGAGGAUUAUCAAGGAAACGCAGCGGCUUCUAAGCGAGCCAGCUCCCGGAAUCAGUGCUUCUCCUUCCGAAGACAAUAUGCGUUAUUUCAAUGUCAUGAUUCUUGGCCCGACGCAGUCUCCUUAUGAAGGAGGGGUUUUCAAGUUGGAGUUAUUUUUACCUGAAGAAUAUCCAAUGGCUGCACCCAAGGUAUGGUAUUCUUAUAACUCUGGCAGUUCUGACAUUUGGUUUCAGCUUGGUAGAAUAUGCCUUGAUAUCCUGAAAGACAAAUGGAGUCCUGCUCUACAGAUCCGAACUGUAUUAUUGAGCAUUCAAGCACUCCUGAGUGCUCCAAAUCCGGAUGAUCCUCUUUCUGAAAAUAUUGCCAAGCAUUGGAAGACAAAUGAGGCUGAGGCUGUUGAAACAGCAAAGGAGUGGACUCGUCUAUAUGCAAGUGGUGCCUGAUGAUGCAAUAAAAGCAUUUUCUAGCAAAUAACAUCUCUGAAAUGUAAGCUACUAAAUGGGCAUCGGGUUUUUCAAAUGGAAAUGGAAGUGGAAGAAUUGAUGUGACUGAACUAUCAGAGGUUAAUCUCGUCAAGCUCUUCAAUACCAGUUGUUAUUCGUCUUCCUCUUGUGGGAGGCGUCUGAGUCAAAUUUGUAUGAAUAGAUUUGUCUGCUGUUCUCCAUCUUUCUCAUGAUCAUCCUUGAUAUGAUUUAGUGCUAUACUUAAUUCCAUGCAUUGAUUCUGGAUGAAGGGUAUCAAUUUAGUUUAAGAGAAUGUUUGGGUGCAGAAUUCCAA